GUGAAUGGCAAAAGUUGAGUGAUAAACGAGUCAACAAAAAAAAAAUCAAAGUGACGAGCAAAAUAGAUUCGAGUCAUUAAAAUUAUUAUACAAAUUUAAUGCGCAACGAUGCCACAUAUGCAUUUUAUUAUAAUGAUAAUAACGAAAUUUUGUGAAUAGAGAGAAAAUAAAAAAAAAAUUGCUCAGAGUAACGAAUGAAUGAAAAAGUUUUGCCAUCAUAAGCAGAACAAUAUAAAAUGCAUACAAGCAUGCAGCAAGUCACAACCAGGAUGCAGAAUACACAUUUUAUAUUUGGAAUUAUCGUAGUUUAUUAUUAUAUAUGCAAUACUGUUGAACAAAUUUCUGCCUUUGAUUCGCACCUACGUGGUCCGGCAUUCGUGAUGGAGCCGCCCUCCAAGCUGGAAUUCUCAAAUUCGUCGGGCGGUUGGUUGGAUUGCUCGGCAACGGGAUCUCCGCAACCCACAAUCGACUGGCUUUCGGUCGAUGGCACGAGCGUUGGCGACGUGGGGGGCGUGCGACGCGUUCAUCGCAACGGAACGCUCGUUUUGCUGCCCUUUCCCGCAUCCGCGUACCGCCAGGACAUCCAUAGCACCAUUUAUCGGUGUGUAGCUUCCAAUUCAGUGGGCAGAGUGAUAUCGAGAGACGUGCAAGUGCGCGCAGUCGUAGCGCAGGCAUACAAAGUCGAAGUCGAGAUAUUGGCGGCAUCGAGGGGCUGUACGGCGAUACUGAGAUGCGUUGUGCCAAAUUUCGUCAAGGAAUUAGUGAGGGUUGUUUCGUGGGUGCAAGAUCCCGCAUUUUAUAUUUAUCCUUCCUUACAAGGAGAUGGGAAAUAUCAUCUCCUGCCAACGGGUGAACUUUUAAUACAUAAUUUAGAGUACAAUGAUAGAUUCGCGUCGUACAAGUGUCGCACGAUGCACCGUUUGACGCGACAGGUUGUGGUGAGUGCUGCAACGAAAGUCAGAAUUAAUGAUCAUCGCGCUCUGAUGUCCCCGAGCAUCGUCGAGCACACAUCCCACGUAUCCGUGUCGCAAGACGAAGGCGCCGUUUUACUUUGUCUCGCGCAAGGAUGUCCCGCGCCCGAAUAUCAUUGGUAUCAAUAUAGCGGCUCCGAAGCGAUUCCCGUGCUCACAGGUCCUCGAAUGCGUCUUCUUGGGCCCGUUCUUGCCAUCGAAGCUGUCACGACGCAAGAUUCGGGCGUUUAUAAAUGCACUUCUGCCAAUGCCGGCGGUGAAGCGAGUGCCGACUUACGCUUGACUGUUUCAGCUCCGUUACAUGUCGAAAUUGUGCCGAACGUUUUGAGCGUCAAUAUGGGCGGAUCGGCAGAUUUUCGUUGCGUUGUCACGUCAAAUGGGGCUCCCGUGUCGAUGCAACACAUCACAUGGUUCAAAGAUGGACGACAACUUCCGAGUUCGGGCAGAAUUGGCGACACACUGAUGGUAACGAGCGUUUCGCGGGAGGACAAGGGAAUGUAUCAAUGUGUGGUUCGACGACAAGAAGGCGACACUUUUCAAGCAUCAGCUGAACUUCAACUCGGAGAUGCACCGCCAACGUUGAUUUAUAGCUUCAUUGAACAAACUUUGCAACCAGGACCGGCGGUUUCGUUAAAAUGUUCCGCGACGGGAAAUCCGACGCCGCACAUCAAAUGGACUCUCGAUGGAUUUGAUUUGCCCCAAAAUGGGAGAUUUAUGAAGGGGCAAUACGUUACGAUUCACGGCGAUGUUAUAAGCCACGUUAAUAUAAGUCACGUAAUGGUAGAAGAUGCUGGCGAAUAUAAAUGCACGGCCGAAAAUAGGGCAGGAAAGGUUUCGCAUUCGGCAAGGUUGAAUGUCUAUGGUUUGCCAUACAUCCGUUUAAUUCCGCCCGUGACUGCCGUAGCUGGCGAAGCGUUGCACUUAAAGUGUCCCGUGGCUGGUUAUCCCAUCGAGGAAAUUCAUUGGGAGCGAAAUGGGCGCGAACUUCCCGACGACAUCCGACAAAAAGUGCAUCCUGACGGGAUGUUGGUGAUCGAUCCGGUGCAAAAGGCGACAGAUUCUGGGCAGUACACGUGCUGGGCGCGCAACAAACAGGGACACAGUGCUCGACGGAGCGGCGAGGUGACUGUUAUAGUUCCUCCUACCAUUGAGCCUUUUUCCUUCCAAGAUGGUUUGGCCGAGGGCAUGCGAACGCGUACUGUGUGCGGCGUGUCGCGCGGCGAUCCGCCAAUUACGUUGCGCUGGCUCAAAGACGGAGACCCCCUCUCGUCAAUGCUGGGCGCUAACGUUUCAUCUCUCGACCAUUACUCUUCGCUCUUAAGUAUUUCCUCUCUGUCGGCAAUUCAUACCGGCGAUUAUACGUGUGUGGCACAAAAUCCAGCUGCUGAGGUUAAAUACACGGCAACACUCAAGGUCAAAGUGCCGCCACGAUGGAUGGUCGAGCCGAUGGAUACGAGCGUCGAACGGAAGGGACACAUUACGUUGCAUUGUCAGGCGCAGGGUGUUCCGAUACCGACUGUCGUAUGGAAAAAAGCAACAGGAAGCAAAUCUGGCGAUUAUGAAGUGAUAAAGGAGCGAACGUACACGAAACUUUUGUCAAAUGGCUCGUUGUAUCUGCAACACGUGAAAGAAGAUCGCGAGGGUUUCUAUUUGUGUCAAGCUAACAACGGGAUUGGCACCGGAAUUGGCAAAGUUAUUCAACUAAAAGUUAAUUCUGCUCCUUAUUUCAAUGCGCCCCAACGUCAAAUAACCGUCAAAAAAGGCGAUACGGCGAUUUUGCAAUGCGAAGUGAACGGCGACAAGCCAAUUAACGUCGUUUGGUUGCGUGGCGGCAAACACGAGUUGAAUCCAUCGACGAAUUAUCGUGUCAGCAUCAAACAAGACGCCACUCCCGAAGGUAUCGCAGCUGAAGCUCAAAUUGCCAACGUCGAUAGCAGCGAUAGCGGUUCAUAUUUCUGUCAAGCGCAGAAUUUAUAUGGGCGCGAUCAGCAAUUAGUUCACUUAAUUGUCCAAGAACCGCCUCAAGCGCCCUCCGCCUUGGAAGCUUCGAUGAUCACAAGUCGUUCCGUGAGCCUAAAAUGGCAACCGCGGGGCGGCGAUGCAGCUGAAGUCACAAAAUACAUCGUCGAAUAUCGCGAAGUUGAUCGUCAAUGGCACACAAUCGAGUUGGCAGACCCCCCAAAGUACAACGUCAACAUCGAAGACUUGAAACCAGCGACGCGUUAUGCCUUCCGAGUUGUUGCCGAAGGUCCUGCGGGACGAAGUGUUCCGAGUCAGGAGCUCACAAUUCGCACGGAAAUGCAAAGACCUGCGGGACCUCCUUUGAAUAUUAACGCGAGACCGAUUUCAUCGACGGAAAUCUCGGUUUCUUGGUUGCCGCCUCUUGCGGAGUUGCGUCAUGGGGACAUUCAAGGAUACAAUGUGGGCUUCAAAGCAAUCACGACAGGACAGACAAGUUAUAAUUUCACGUCGACAGCAGGCGAUGGCGAAGAUGGAACCGGAGAAAUGAUUCUUACGGGACUCCUGAAGUACACGAGAUACACAAUUGUCGUUCAAGCAUUCAAUCAAAUCGGGCCAGGACCCUUGUCGGAGCCAGUAACUGCUCAAACGAUGGAAGAUGUGCCAAGUAAGCCGCCAGAAGAGAUCAGAUGUACGUCAUUGUCGUCGACUUCGUUGCAAGUUUCGUGGCAACCUCCGCCGCCAAAGGAUACUAAUGGGCUUUUGCAGGGCUACAAAGUCUCCUUCGAAACAAUGGCUGACGAAACUGCCUUCGAGAACGACGAAAUGGAAACCCGCACAACCAACACUCUGACUUACAUGCUCAACAACUUGAAAAAAUUCACGAAUUACAGCGUUCAGGUUCUCGCAAACACCCGAAUGGGCGACGGCGUGCUUUCCGAUCCAAUUUACUGCCAAACGGAAGAAGAUGCUCCCGAAGCGCCCGCCGACAUCAAAGUUGUCGUAAGUUCUCCUCAGAGCCUGCAUGUCUCAUGGCAACCUCCGAAGGAGCAAAACGGAAUAAUUUCGAAAUAUAACUUGUACAUGCGUGCCGUGAAUGGGCGCGAGGAGCUAAAUCACGAAAAAAAGACACUGCCAUCGCAACAACUCUUCUACGAGGCGAAAAAUCUCCAAACGAUGCGCGAAUAUCAAUUUUGGGUGUCAGCUUCGACGCGAAUUGGCGAGGGAAAGAGUUCACGAGUCGUUUCGCAAAUGACGUCAAGUCGCGUUGCAGCGAGAAUUGUCUCGUUCGGCGGAAUUCUCGUCAUUCCGUGGAAGCAAACGGCGAAUUUGCAAUGUCAAGCAGUUGGACAGCCCAAGUUGGAGUGGUAUAAGAAGGACAGUGUGUUGAGAAAUGGCGCCGGGCACAAUGUACAGAUUCUGGAUACGGGUGACCUGAUUAUUACGAAUUUGCAACAGCAAGACAGCGGAAAUUACACAUGUCAAGUGGAUAAUGGCAUCGGAACGGAUCGAUUGACGUACAAUUUGCUUGUGCAAGUGCCGCCUGCGACGCCCGUUUUGUAUGUCACAAGUGCAACCUCGAACUCUAUUUUGAUGCAUUGGAAGAACGGAUUCACGGGAAAUGCUCCAAUUACGGGCUACACGAUCCAUUAUCGUCGCACGCACGGAAAUAUGGAAGAAUUGCAACUUUCGCGCCAUGCCACGAGUCACGAACUGAAAGAUCUCGCCUGCGGAAGUAUGUAUCAAAUUUACCUUACGGUCUCGAAUCGCAUCGGAACAUCGCCCGGCAGUACCACGUUGCACGUAAGAACGCAAGGACAAGCUCCGGGAAUGCCACAACCGCCGGCGCUUAUUGCUCCAAACUCUACUUCUGUCCUUUUAAGACUGAAUUCUUGGCCCGAUCAAGGUUGCCCGAUCCUCUACUUUAAUAUUCAAUACAAAUUGUUGCUCGAGGGCUCGACAAAUCCAUGGAUACCGAUUGCCAAGUCGCUCAAGCCGCAAAAGCGAUACACAAUCACGGGACUGCAGCCAUCCACGUUGUAUCAGUUGAAGGUUGAUGCAAUGAAUGUCGCGGGAAUUACCACGGGCGACUUCACGUUUGUCACUUUAACUAAAGACGGGGGUGAGAAAUUAAAUUUUUUUUUUAUUUUUUUAAGGUUUUGAUGAUUUUUUGAUAUUUUUAG